UCUACCCUGAUGCUUCUCCGUCCUCAUUUUCCCUCCUGUUGUACCUUCAAACAACCCCUAACCUCAUUCUAACUUUUAAAAUGGACCAACCACGGAGCCAGAUCAUCUACCCACCGUCAGACGAAGCUCCCCGCGGCGUAAAGUCCGUCUUUCUCGCGGGCACCACCAGCAAAGUCGACACGAGCGACUGGCGCGAGACCCUGUCCAACUCCCUUUCGGAUGUGCCCAUCACCAUAUACAAUCCGUUCUGCGCUGGCUGGGAUAGCUCAUGGCACGAGGAUAUCGAUUUUACUCCUUACCGCGAGCAAGUGGAGUGGGAGCUCGAAAAGCAGGACAAGGCCGAUAUUGUCGUCACAUACUUCCACCCGGCUAGCCAGGCGCCCAUCAGCUUGCUCGAGUUUGGACUUUGUGCGCGGGUUCCAGGAAAGGCUAUCGUUGUCUGUCCCGAGGGGUACUGGAAGAGAGGGAAUGUGCAGAUUGUGUGCAAGAAAUUUGGGGUCGAGAUGAUAGAGAAUGUUGAUGAGCUGAGAGAGGCAAUUGUGAAGAGGUUGUCUGUUGCCACUUAGCUCUCUAGCACCAUUCCCUGAAGAGCGAGAAUGGGCCCUGGAAGACAGCGGAUGGGAUUGUAGCAUCUCGGCGUUUUAAGCGAUUCUUUGUUACUACUACCCUUACUGUAUUGGGAAUGCCUAGAGCUAUACUGCUUACUUGUAUGGGUAGUCCACGAAUUGUAAAUUGACCCAGGGUCGGGCAUGUACAUAAGCUUCUGUUAUUAUGAUAUGACAUACCCUUGAACUCGCCUGUCCAAUCUAAGUACAUAUACCUAACCCACCCAGAUAUCACGUUGUUGCCUGCAAAGCGAGGCAUCCAGGCUACCGUGCCGAAAAGGGUAAACUGUGUUUCAGCACGGGAUU